AUGCAUCAUCAAAUUAUUCACAACUCAAAGGAUAAUUCAAAAGGUAACAUUCGGCUUUUCUGGAAUUGUUCUUUAAGUACUCCUUCUACUAUCAAAGUUACUAGUCAAAGUGUUACAGUAGAAAUCGGUAAAGUUCUGGUUACUGGUGUUCAUGCAAGGGAUUUUAAUACUUUACUAUAUGUUGAUGAUAAAAGAGGUGGUAGACAACCCAAUAUAUCUGUAAUUGAUGAAUUUCAAGAUUGUGUGGAUUUCUGUGAUCUAAUUCAAGCUCCUAAAAGUGGUCUGGAAUUCUCUUGGUGCAAUGGUAGAGUUGGGAACAAAAGAAUCAUUUGUAAUCUUGAUAGAGCUCUUUUUAACUUAAAAUGGUUAGAGAAAUUUAAUGGCUGGAGUUACAAGGUUGGAACAAGAGGAAUCUCUGACCAUUGCCCUAUUAUUGGUUCAGAUGCUAUCAUCCCUAAAGCUUUAAACUCUCCUUUUAGAUUUCAGAAAAUGUGGCUGAAUUUUCCUGAUUUUUUUCAAGUUAUCCAAGAUUCUUGGAAUGAAGAAAUUUAUGGUAAUCCCAUUUAUAUUUUCAUGAAUAAGCUUAAAAGACUAAAGAAGUUCUUAAAAGUGUGGAAUUGGGAGGUCUUUGGGGAUGUUAAAGAAACUCUCAGGAAAUCUGAAGAUAAGUUGUUAGAAGAAACUUUGAAAUCAGAUAAUGAUCCUUCUAAUAUUAUCCUUUUGAAUAAUUUGGUUACUACUAGAGGGAAAUGUGAUCUUGCUUCUCAAAAUUAUAACACUUUCCUAAGAGAGAAAGCUAGAAUCAACUGGAUUCAAGAUGGUGAUGUUAAUUCUAAAUUCUUCCAUACAAGUAUAAAGCUAAGACAAGCUCAAAAUUCUAUCUCUGAAAUUGAAGACUCAUCAGCUGUUCCAAAAGUUAUUAAUGAUGAAGAUAACUCCUUCUUAGAAAACUUGCCCACUGAAGAUGACAUAAAGAAUGCUACUUUUGAUUUAAACCCAGAUGGUGCUCCUGGUCCAGAUGGAUUCACUGGCUCUUUUUACAGAUUUUCUUGGGAGUGCAAGGUGCUAAGAAUGCAAAGCAAUUUAGACCUAUUGGCCUUAGAAACUUCUGCUUUAAAAUAA